GGGCAGAGCACGGAUUUGACAGCUCCACGGUCGGAGGAUCUCGGCUGACCCGGCGAGACGGAAGAGAACGCGCCGCGGAGAUUCCGCCCCCGGCCGGGCCAGCGCCUGCAGCGUGCAACUUUCCAACUUGUUUUUCUUCUGUUUUUCGUUCUCCCUUCAACCUCGAACCAGAAGGCUCGCCCCCUCCGUGCAGAGGGCGAAGGGUGGGCGCUCCCUCCCUGGUGGAUCGGUGGAAGGCAUCGAUGUAACAGACAAACUGGUGCCACAUGCCACCCAAACGUUCGCUUUCUUGACGACUCCCGUUUCGCGGACCUGACUCGUACAACUUCUGAUUGCAAAGCAAACACGAAACACACCAAGUGCUUGGCAGCCAUGGUGAAAGGUAAUUAACUGAGCCCCCCGCCCCCCGAAAAGGACAUGGCAGAAGAGGAGAACGAAGUGAGGUGGGACGGACUGUGCAGUCGAGAUUCGAGCGCCCGGGAGACGGCCCUGGAAAACAUUAGGCAGAUCGUGGCGAGGAAGGUCGAGCACCUCCGCGCAUCGAGACUGACCGGGUCUCGGGCGCCCGACGCCGCUCUGGACGCCGUCAAUCGGCUGCUGGCUCACCUGCUCAUGCUGUCGCAGAGGUGCCCCUUUCAGGACGUCAGGGAGAAAAGCGAGCUCAUUCUGAAGAGCGCCCAGGAACUUGGAAUUAGAAUUCCUCGACCACUAGGACACGGACCAAGCAGAUUCAUCCCAGAAAAGGAGAUUCUCCAAGUGGGGAGUGAAGACGCACAGAUGCAUGCUUUAUUUGCAGAUUCUUUUGCUGCUUUGGGUCGUUUGGAUAACAUUACUUUAGUGAUGGUUUUUCAUCCACAAUAUUUAGAAAGUUUCUUAAAAACUCAACACUAUCUACUGCAAAUGGACGGGCCAUUACCUCUUCAUUAUCGGCACUACAUUGGAAUAAUGGCUGCAGCAAGACACCAGUGCUCCUACUUAGUGAACCUUCAUGUAAAUGAUUUCCUUCAUGUUGGUGGGGACCCCAAAUGGCUCAAUGGCUUAGAGAAUGCUCCUCAGAAACUACAAAAUUUAGGAGAACUCAACAAAGUGCUAGCCCAUAGACCUUGGCUUAUUACCAAAGAACACAUUGAGGGACUUUUGAAAGCUGAAGAACAUAGUUGGUCCCUUGCAGAACUGGUCCAUGCAGUGGUUUUGCUCACACACUAUCACUCUCUCGCCUCAUUUACCUUUGGCUGUGGCAUCAGUCCAGAAAUACAUUGUGAUGGUGGCCACACAUUCAGACCGCCUUCUGUUAGUAACUACUGCAUCUGUGACAUUACAAAUGGCAAUCAUAAUGUGGAGGAAAUGCAAGUCAACUCAGCAGGAAAUGUUUCGGUCAGCGAGUCCUUCUUUGAGGUUGAAGCCCUCAUGGAGAAAAUGAAGCAGCUUCAGGAAUGUCGAGACGAGGAAGAAGCCAGUCAGGAAGAGAUGGCUUCACGUUUUGAAAUAGAGAAGAGAGAGAGUAUGUUUGUCUUCUCUUCAGGUGAGAGCAACAGUUACCAAGUCAAUGACUAUUGCUGGGAAGACCAUGGCUACUCUUUGGUAAAUCGCCUUUAUCCAGAUGUGGGACAGCUGAUUGAUGAGAAGUUUCAUAUUGCUUACAAUCUGACCUAUAAUACAAUGGCAAUGCACAAAGAUGUUGAUACCUCAAUGCUUAGACGGGCUAUUUGGAACUAUAUUCACUGCAUGUUUGGAAUAAGAUAUGAUGACUAUGACUAUGGUGAGAUUAACCAGCUAUUGGACCGUAGCUUUAAAGUUUAUAUCAAAACUGUUGUUUGCACUCCUGAAAAGGUUACCAAACGAAUGUAUGAUAGCUUUUGGAGGCAGUUCAAGCACUCUGAGAAGGUUCAUGUUAAUCUGCUUCUUAUAGAAGCUAGGAUGCAAGCGGAACUCCUUUAUGCUCUGAGAGCCAUUACUCGCUAUAUGACCUGAUAACUUUUCUCCAUUAAAGAUGAUGGGAUGAUCAGCAGAUAAAGUCUUCGGGGGAAGGUACAAAGCCCCAGGACCAAUGGUAGAUAAAAGAAUUCAGAAUCCAUUGUGCCAUGAUUCCUUUAGUUUCUGCUAUUCUACUGUGGAAAUGCCGCUGCUGGCACGAGCAGUGAAUGCUUGGCAGCGUCAGGGUUAGAGCUGUGAAGAGAGCUGCCGUUCACAGUAUUUUGCUUUUUGACAUACAAGAUGCUGUAUAUUGUCUCCAUACAGCAAAUAGUAACUCUCCAAAUCCUGUUGCUUUUAUGUUAAAUAAGAUAACAAGAAUUGGAGCAUGCAAAGAUUGGGACUUGAAUGACGUCGUAAGCUUUAUACGUUUAUACGUUAACGACUUUUAGAAGAUCUUGGUGCUGCUAUUCCUGCGGGUGGAAUGAAAAGAAUGGCUGUUUCCAAUUAAGCUAUUAGUAAUAAAAGUGAAUACUGCUACUAUCUGAGCCUACAUACCGAAUUUGUGUGGUUUCAAAUUAAACUUGCAUCUUGUUGUUGUUGUUGUUUGCAUCUAAACCAUAGAAAUACUACAGCUCAGCAAAGACCACUCUGAUGGUAACAGCUCGUUUCUUUCACUGGAGUUGUAUAAAGUUCAGAGUUACGGGAUGACAUGAAAUUGCAGUGAUGUUCAUAAAGAUUUUCUUUAAAAAGCAGUCUGAAAUGAAAGCGUGUAAAUUACAAGAAAGCUAGCUAUCUUUGAUAUACUGUUUCCCGAGAUCCUCUGACCCUGCAGGGCAGCUGUCACGUGCAGUCUGUUGGUUGCCAGCACCAGGGUGGCGGGAAUGUGUCUGUAGACUGCUGCGCAGUCCCAGUGUGCCCAGCCCUCUGUCCUGCACCUCCCUGGGCCCCACUGUAAAGGUUGUGCAGCUCCUUGAAUAAUAAAGCUGAAAUGAUUUUUAGUCAGGUUAUCUAACCGAAUUGACAAAAAUGCUAAUUUGUUUGAAAUGCAAACAGGUUUGAAAAAAAUGUAUUAAGUACUUUGUAUUCUGGAAGCGUGAAUUGCUUUUGAAGUCUGUCAGUAUUAUUGGUAUUUUUCAAUAAAGAAUACUUUUUCUCCA